CCUGCCCAUUUUGCACCCAAUGUCGCUUAGGGCCAUUUCCGUCACUCGACAGCCCAGUAUUUCCUGGCUCGGACGAGAGAGGAUGCGAUAAGCCCCCAGGAAAGAAGAGCAAGAAGAAGGAGAGAAAAGAUUAACCAAAAAAAACAUGGCUCUCUUCUUGAAAACCCCCUUCAUUCCCACCACCUCCACCGCCACCAGGAGUCCCAGGAAGCUCGUCCCAUCCCAGCAGCAGCGGCAGUGGGGGCGGUGGGAGUGUCGGAAGAAGGGCGGGGUGCAUCCGGAGUUCUACGAGGACGCGCGGGUGUACUGCAACGGGGAGCUGGUGAUGACGACGGGCGGGACGCAGCGGGAGUACACGGUGGACGUGUGGUCCGGCAACCACCCCUUCUACCUGGGCAGCCGCUCCGCCCUCCUCGCCGACGCCGACCAGGUCGACAAGUUCCGCAAGCGCUACGGCCAGCUCUCCUCCCUCAUGGAGAUCCCCGUCCUCCGCCACGGCGAGAUCGUCCUCCCCCAGCGCAAGAAGUCCUCCAAGGGCAAGGGCGGCGCCAAGAAGUAACCAAUUCAACCCCCUCAAUUCUAUUCUCCUAUUCUAAAACUAUGAACCUGUUCAUCUUCAUCAUUGUCAUCAUCAUCAUCAUCAUCAUCAUCAUUUGUGAGAAACCUACAUUUUGUUGCCUUCUUUUAUGUUGAAGUUACAACCGCGAGGACGGCAAGAGGUGAAUCAAACACUCCCGCUCUUUCUUAUAGUAUGAUUAAUCACUUUUAUCCAUACAUGAAUUGUUGUUGUUGUUGUUGU